UGUGGUAACCCACUUUUUGUUUUUUGUCGGAACUAAAACAUUUUUGAAUAGUAAGUACCGCGGCAGCAGCUGUAAAUAGUUAUCGGUACGCGAAACCAGACUAAAAAGAGGAUCGAGGACAGUCAAGGGGUUUUGGGCUUAGGCCACAGUGGGACGCUUAGGACGGAACGGGCGGUUCAUGCUGCAGGAUCCGCUUCGAGCACCUUCGGCGGUAGAUCACUCACAACUUUCUCAAUUCGUAACGUCUUGAGUUGCUUCGGGUCUUGUUGGAAAGAGCUCGCGACGCUCGUUCUAACGAGCCCAAGAACUUGUGAAACGGAUGAGAGGUCACUGAGUUAUGAGUGUCGGAAGUUACUGAUAGGGGGGCCUUCGGCGGUAGAGCGACUUUGGCGGUACUCCUGCGGCGGAAGAACCGCCGGAAGAUGCGCCUUGGGCGGUAGACGCCUUCGGUCAACGCCUUUGGCGAUGCGGGAGAGUGCAUUCGGCGGAAGAGUGAAUCCCUCAUAACUUUCUCAAUUCGCAACGCCUUGACUUGGUUAGGGUCUCGUUGGAAAGAGCUCGACGCGCUGAUUCUAACGAGCCCAAGAACGCCACGAACGGAGAGGAAUUCCGGGAGUUAUGAAGGUCGCAAGAUACUCAGCUUUCCGCCUACGCACAGGCGAAGGAAGUUUUGUCCUAUGCGCGGACGAAGUAAGUUCGCCUGUGCACAGGCGCUUCGGCGUCGGCGGGAAAUCCGCCUUGGGCCCUAGAAAUGCGCCUUGUGAGGUAGAAAGUGUACGGCGCCUUCUGCGCCAGCGCAGCGCCGCGGACGGCCAGGUCAGCGCCGUGGACGGCCAGGACAACGCCGCGGACGGACAAGUCAGCGCAGCGGACGGACAGCUCAGCGCCGCGGACGGCCAGGUCAUCGCCGCGGACGGACAGCUCAGCGCCGCAGACAGCCAGGUCAUCGCCGCGGACGGACUGUGGAUAGGCGAACGCCUUCGGCGGAAGAGUAAAACCGACAUAACUUUCUCAAUUCUUAGCGGUUUGACUUGAUUCGGGUCUCGUUGGAAAGAACUCGACGAGCUGGUUCCAACGAGACCAAGAUCUCCUGAAACGGAUAAGGCGUCAAUGAGUAAUGAGCGUCGAAAGCGGCUGUCAUGGUUAGGCGUGAGGCCUUCGGCGUUAACAGUUAGCGGGGCCUUCGGCCCAAGGCGGCCUGCGAGUAGGCGGCUUGCGUGUAGGACGCGUGGGACCCACAGUCCUCGGAUUUUGGAGAAGGAAUUUUGGCCUAGGUUCAGAGAUCUUGCGGGGCCCAUAUCUUUGCGAUGGACGGUCGGAUGGAUCUGAAAUUUUGUGGGGCCGUUGAUCUCGGCCGGCCACGCAUGCCUGCAAAUUUUCAGCCUCAGAUCUUGGAUGGUAAGGCGCUGGCGGCUCUGUACAGUAGGCUUAGGAUUCAGAUUUAGGGUUAGGGUUAGAUUUAGGUUGUAAGUUAGAGGGGAAGGCAGCCGCCGACUCCUCAGGUGUAGGAUCUGUUGCGGCUCGCACCAUGGUAGUGCAGUGUAGUGCUAGUUAGGACUUAGAAGGUAUAAAAUAGUUCCAGGCGUUUUGCCUGGGGUUCUUUCCCAUCAGAAGUGCAGAUCAGGAACCCAUUUCCU